CGGGCCCCAUGCACGUCCGUCCUCCCUCCUUGACAAUGCUGACUUGUUCUCCGCCUCUUCUUUCCUAUGUUCUCUUGUGGGCUGCGGAGCUGCCUCGCCUGGGAAGGUCCCCUCGUCAUCGUCGUCGUCGCCCAUGGCGGUGGCGAUCUUCCUCUCGGGCUUCCUCCUCGGCCUCCUCGCGCUCGCUCUCGCGGAGGGGGCGGCGAUUCUCUGGGCCGUCAGCUCCCUGCGCCGCCGCCGGCCAAGCCCUCCGCCUCCGGAGGCCGCCGCCGCCGAGCUCUCCGGCGACCGGCCGUUCCCCGCCGAGAAGCAGGGUUUUCUCUGGAUGUUAGAGCCAGGAAAGGUGCCAAAAGUUAGCAACGGCAACCGCUUACCACCAACUGGGGUUCAGAAAGGCAUGAAGGAUAAAAAGAACAUCGUCGAGGUUUCUCCGAUAAGGAUGAGGGCUAAAAUGAAAGGCCACUCGCUUUUCUUGACAGGUCCCGAUGGUUCUCAGAUAACCAUUGAGCUUUUGGAUUGCACUGUUCUUGCUGUUUCUGCAUCUAACCUACCUUCACGUAAAUGGUCUAAGAGGUAUCCGAUAAAACUAGAAAGCAAGGGAUCUGACAUUUGCAAGCGGAGCAAGGUAUGCUAUCUUUAUGUGGACACCUCUUGGGAGAAAGAAUCAUGGUGUAAAGCACUUCGUCUUGCAUCUUCUACAGACAAGGAAAAACUAAAACUGCAUAACAGGUUGAGCGAAGAGUUCAGAAGUUACAUAUCCUCUUUGCACGCUGGAUACCCUUGUUUCCUGAAAUCAACUGUUUCUGCUGAGGAUCGUGAAAUUAUGGACAAGUCAGUAAAGUCUGAUGGGUCGUCAAAAGCACGCCUUUUCCUUAAAAAGUUGGCUAGGAAGGCAUCUAUAAAAGCUUCCCAGUUCACUAGAACAAGCUCAAACUCAGCACAAGCAGAAAGAAAGACGCUCCAAAAAACAUGCAGCUGCAAUGGUGCUGCACUGAUUGAUGCACAAGAAGAAAGGUCAAGCAGUAAUCCAUCAUCACUAGACAUAAAGCAACCCAGUACGCCUAGUUCUGAUUUCAGUCACAGCAACAGAUUCUCAGAUUCUCCUGAUACAAAUGUAGAUGAAAAGUUUACCGAUGAAGGCACACUUUGUUGGAACCUCCUGAUCUCUCGGUUGUUUUUUGAUGCUAAAAUGAGUGACGAUAUAAGUAAAUCCAUUAAAGCACGUCUUCAGCGAAAAUUGUCAAACAUGAGAACUGCUGCCUAUAUUGGUGAAAUUACACUUACUGAUUUCAAUCUUGGAGAACUUCCACCAUAUUUGCGAAGGAUGAGAGUCGUCCCAAGGGAUCUGAAUGAAAUGUGGGCUUUCGAAUUUGAUUUUGAAUAUUGUAGUGAAAUUAUACUGAAUGUUGAAGCAAGACUUGAGGUUCAGGAACCAGAGCUGAAAAAAGACAUAAUGAGAAGUACUCCUGAAGCGAAUACUAAUGGCAACCAAUUUGGACCUUCGCAACUUUUGGCUUCUGUAGUGGAAGAUGAAGAUGAGGCAGAUGUGUUAAGGCGCUCAAAGAGAACUGGGAGGACAUCAAGGUGGAAAAAUAUCUUGCAUUCAAUUACUGACCAUGUCUCUCAGGUGCCGUUUUCAUUGGCAAUUAAAGUAACUUCUAUUCGUGGGACAAUGCGCAUGCAUAUAAAGCCUCCUCCCUCAGAUCAAAUCUGGUAUGGAUUUACAUCAAUGCCAGAGCUUGUGUGGGAAUUGGAGUCUUCAGUUGGGGACAGGAAGAUCACCAACAGCCACGUCGCUUCGCUUAUCAGCAACAGAAUCAAGGCUUCGCUUCACCAAAGCUUGGUACUGCCGAAUUGUGAAAGUAUUCCCAUGUCCUGGAUGAUAUCAGAGAAGGAUGAUUGGGUGCCUCGCAGAGCUGCACCUUUUAUAUGGCUGAAUCGUGAACACAGCGAGGCAGCAAGCAGUCAUAGUUCAGGCAUGGGUAAGCUCCAGCCUGAUGAUGUUGCCGCUAGCAAAUCAAGUCCACCUGCUCCUUCAACUAGAAGCGACGACGAACCGCUGAAGAAGGUGACAUCCACUCGUUGGCCUAACGAAGAACCAAGAACAGAAGCAUCAACCAGCUCCGGUUCUUCCCUACCUUCAGAAGGUGAACUUUCUAACCAGUUGAUGGCGCCGCUGCUGAGCACCAGGGAAUUCGAGGAAGAUGCUUCUGAAAAUGCAGCAGUGGGCUCUUCUCUUCAGUUAGGAGUGGUGGUACCUGCUGGGCAUCGGCGGCCGCCAUUGUCAUCCUCUGCGUCUCUUGGGGAGUAUGACCUGAAGAGGAAAGGCAGCAAGCGAGCUGCGGUGAUGUGUUUGGGGAGGAAGAUGAGCGGCAAAUUGGAAGAAAAGACACGGCAUAUUGUCGAGAAGAUGAAGGAGAGUUCUGGAAAGGAGCAAUAGCUUGGAGACAAACACCCAGUUAGUUAGAAGUACAUAUUUACCAAAAUUUAUAUCCUUGCUUAUUCCUCUGCCGGAAUUGGAAAUUUGGAACGUCCAUUGUUAAGAUGUUGUACAGUCUGGGAAUUGUGCUCAUGGUUUUAGGGAGCCAUUGCUGUCCCAGCAUAGUUUACAGUAUAUAUAUCUAUACAUGGCAAUUACUUCUAGAAAGAAAUUGGAGAGUUUGCAGUUA